CAGCAGCAGUAUAAGAGCAGAGGAGCAGCAUGCAGAUCAUCACAGCAAGCUUCAGUCUUCAAUCCUCCAGCACCCUCAGAGAAGCUGCUCCACAUCCCCACUGCUGAUUCAUCAUGCUGCACGCUCUCUCUCUAAGGGUUUCUUGGAUCUGCCUGCUGCUCUUCAGCAGUGGAGCUUGUUUUCCUGCAACCAAAGAUGAGUACCAGUAUCCCUACGCUGCUGUCUCCAGUGACGGGCCUUCCCCUCGCUCUGGUGCACCUGAAGGCUCUCGUGCUCCCCUGAUUUCCCUGCAGCCUCAACAGGCUGCAGUCCAGGAGCCUGCAGCCGCCCAACAGGCCCCUGCUGCUGCAGCCACCAGCUAUGCUUCACCCAGUUACCAGCCCAACAGCUUUGUGGUGAACUCUGCUUCCAGACCUGCCAGGAAUCCUCAGGGUUCAGGUCACGUCAGCUUCUCUGCACAGUCUCAGCCUGGUGCUGGCUCUGCUGGACACUAUGCAGGACCAGCAGUCUCUUAUGCCGCCCCUGCAGCAGUCUCUUACGCCGCCCCUGCAGCAGUCGCUUACGCCGCCCCUGGAGCCUCCUACGGUGGCUUUGGUGCUGGUUCUUACGGUGCUCCUGGAGCUUCACAUGGUGGCUUUAAUGCUCCUGCAGCCUCCCAUGGUGGCUUUGGUGCUGGUUCUUACGGUGCUCCUGGAGCUUCACAUGGUGGCUUUAAUGCUCCUGCAGCCUCCCAUGGUGGCUUCGCUUCUGCUUCUGCAGGCCCUGCCUACGGGUCCACAAUCCUUUACAGCGGCGCUCCCAGCUUCAGCUUUGAGGGUUCUACUUUUGGAAGCGAGUGGUCUGCCCUGCCCACCGUAGGAUUCGAGUCCUUCAACCCAAACGGCUGGAUGCCAUCUCGUUCCCUCCCUGACUUCAGCGUCUGGGGCUCUCAGGAGGAAGCGGCGGCUGCAGCAGCGGGUGUCGGCUCCAAGGGCGUUAAAGGUGUGCAGCAGGCGGAGGAAGAGGUGGAGACCUUCUCCGUGCCGGCUUCAUCCUACAUCGUCCAGACCAGGAACGGCUACCAGCGCGCCAGAGAAGUCUCCUCCCACAUGAACUACUCCCCAGAGGCCCCCGAACCAGAAGUGGUCUACUACGAGGUGGUGCAGAAAGCGGUGCCUCAGGCUGAACCAGUGAAGGGUGGCAAAGGAGGAAAAUACUGAGGACUCUUUGACUCCUGGCUUCAACCUGCACAGGACUUUGAAAAUAAAACAAAUUUAAACUUAAA